GCGGGGCGGGGGUCGGCGAGCCGGGGGUGCAGUGUGCCUUGUUGCGACUGGCUGGGCGGGUCGACCCCAGGCCAGGGAGGGAGGCGGCGAGGACGAGGGACGAGGGGGAGGGAGACAUAGGAGGAACAAGUGCUGAGUCUGGGUGACUGCCGGCAAUAUAUUGAAGGGUGAGGGGAAGGUGAAGGAGGGAGGAUGGCACAGUUUGGCACAGGCAAGGCACCGCCACCAUGGCAGCAGCGGCCCCAGACCACCUCUCAGCUGCAGCCGUCACUCCUGGGGCAGCAUCCGUCAGCCCCAACCCAGCAGCUGGUGCUGGGGGCAGCCCCACAGCAGCCCCAGUAUGCCCCAGUGCAGCAGAGCAUGAUCCAGCCCCCAGGCCUGGGGGGCCUGCAGACCCUGGCCCAGCCAGCCAUCACACAGCAAACCAUCGGGCAGCCCACAGCAGCGGCCAGCCUGAUGGGCCAGCCUCCCAUCACCCAGGCCCUGCAGCCCCCCAGCCUGGUGAACCCUGCACAGAUAACCACCACACAGAUGCAGCAACAGAUGCAGCCCCAGCCCCAGCCUCAGCCCCAGCCCCAGCCUCAGGUGACGGCCGUGACAUACCCUGCCCCUAGGGCACUGGCUCCCCCAGGGGCCUUCAACCCAGCAGCCACACCAAGCAACCUUGCCACCAUAGCCCCCAACCUGCAGACCAACAUACAAAAUAACAUAGCCAGCAGCAGCAACAACCAGCAGCCCCAGAAGCAGCGCGUCUUCACCGGCACCAUCACCAAGCUGUGCGCUGACUUUGGCUUUGUUGACGAGGAUGUGUUCUUCCAGACAAGCUGUGUCAAGGGCCAGGCACCCAAGGUAGGGGACCGUGUGCUGGUGGAGGCGACCUACAACCCCAACAUGCCCUUCAAGUGGAAUGCCAACCGUGUGCAGGUCAUCCCCGGCCCUGCUGGCGCCCCCUCACAGAACCAGAGCCGUGCCAGUCUUCCUGUCAGAGAAGUGGGUAACCGCAGCGGCUCCUACAAUGCUGUGCCUCCACCCAACUUUAGCAGCGUGAGUGUUAACUCCUUCUAUGCUGUGAUCCCAGAGGCUGCUGCAGGAAGCUUCAGUGCCCGCAGUGUUUUGGGUCCCCGUGCACGUUCCCCAAGGAGGGACAGGAGAGAGGAGCGCUGCCGGACAUCACGGGACAGAGACCGGGAGCGUGGAGACAAGGACAAGGAGGAAAAGAGAGAGAGUAGGAAGAGGAGCAGGAGCAGGGGCAGGUCGCGCUCCCCCCCUAGGCGCAGGAUGAGGGUGGUGCCGCGCUACAACGUCCAGGUGCCCAAGAUACUCCUGCACAUGAAGGAGGCCAAUGUGCUGGAGCUCAAGAAGCGCUACAGUAACCUGUACGUGCCGUCUGACGUGUUCCUGGCUAGACCGCUCUGGUCUGAUACCUUCCCCGCCCACCGCCCCUUCCAGUUCCCGCGCCCCGUCUCCUUCCACAUCAUGAACAAGGAGGUGGACCCGGUGGUGGAGAAUGACUCCAUCUAUGACACGCCAGACGCCAACCACAGCUUUGCCGCCAAGGUCAUGCUGAUGGCUGUGCCCGCCUUGGAGGACAUCUUCCAUCGGUCCUGUGCCCUCAGCGAAGACCCCAGCGACAUCCGAGAGUGCUUUGUCCAUCCAACGCGCUUGAUCAACUUCCUGGUUGGUCUGAAGGGCAAGAAUGAGACCAUGGCCAUCGGUGGCUACUGGAGCCCCUCCCUGGAUGGCCCUAACCCAGAGAAGGACCCCAACGUUCUCAUCCGCACCGCUGUUCGGACCUGCCGGGCCUUGACGGGGAUUGACCUCUCAGGGUGCACCACCUGGUACCGGUUUGCGGAGAUUUACUAUCGUCGAGGCGAGUCUUCACACAAGGGCCGGAGCAGCACGACUGCCCGGGUUGAAACCACUGUACUAUUUCUCCCAGAUGUUUGGAACGUUUGCCCAGCCAAACUGGAGUGGGAUGGCCUCCACCUCAACUAUAAGCACCAGCUGGAGAAGAAGCUGUCUUGCUCGACUGGAGCCACCCCGCAGCUGGACGAACAGGAGGGGGAGGAGGAGGAGAACAAGGAUGAUGCUGCCAAGAAGAAGGACCCCAGCCACUAUGCCACCCUGGACCCCAAGAGUAUGAAGGUGGUUGAGCUUCGUUCUGAGCUUGAUGCAAGAAUGUUGAACAGCAAGGGCCUCAAGUCACAGCUCAUUGCUCGCCUCACCAAGAUCUUGAAGAAUGAACAGGAGAAGGAGGAGAGUGAGAAAGCUGCGGCCUGUGCUGAGAGCUCGGAAACAGAUGAGACAAAGAAGCGUGAGGAGGAGGAGAGGAAGAAGGAAGAAGAACGCAAGAAGAAGGAAGAAGAGGAGAGGAGAAAAGAAGAGGAGGAGAAGAAGAAGGCUGAGGAGAGGGAGAGGAACCUGCUGGAGAAGCGCUACACCCUCCCAGACCAGCCCAUGAUUGUGGUCCAUCCCUCACGCACGGCAAAGUCUGGCAAGUUUGACUGCACCACCAUGUCCCUCUCCGUGCUCCUCGACUACCGCCAGGAGGAUAACAAGGAGCACUCGUUUGAGGUGAGUCUGUUUGCCGAGCUCUUCAAUGAGAUGCUGAUGAGAGACUUUGCCUUCCGCAUCUACCGCGCCCUCUGUGAGUGUCCCGAAAAGCCUGCCAAGGAAGAGGUGGUGUGGGUGAGUGCUGACCCACUAGCCACUCACCACUCAAAAGAUUUACUCACCAUGAUCAGAUACAAGCCUCAAAACACAAAAAAAGAGAAGGAGGAGAAGAAAGAGAAAGACAAGGACAAGAAGGACAAGGAAAAGAAAGAAGAGAAGGAGGAGAAAGAGAAGAAGGAGGAUAAGGACAAGAAGGAGGAGGAGGAGGACCGAGAAGAGAAGAUGGAGGAGGACAAGCAAGUGGAGAAGAAGGAGAAGAAGGAAAAGGAGGAGGCCAAGGAGGAAAGGGAAGAAAAGAAGGAAGAAGAAGAGGAGGAGGAAGAGAUGGAAGAGGAUGAGGAGGAAGAGGAAGUGUGCUAUGUGAAAGGACUUAUGCCAGGGACUCUGCUCUCUGCCCUAAAGGAUGAUGAGGACUCCAAGGACGAGACAUUGCUGAAGGACCACAAGGAACGCUCGGAUGACCGCCGGGAAUCCAAGGACAAGAAGAAGGAUGACAAGAAGGAUCGCGAGAGGAGGGAGAAGAAGGAGAAGAAGAAGAUGGUGACGCUGGACCCAUACCUGCUCCUCUCCUUUGUGUACUUUGACCAAACUCACACUGGCUAUAUCAUCGACCGGGACCUGGAGGACAUCAUCAACAUGCUCGGCCUCAACCUCUCCCGUGCUCAGCAAAAGAAGCUCACGUCCAAGGUGAUGUCAAGAGACGUGCUGCAUUACCGGAAGCUGACGGACAUCUCGGCUGAAGACAAGGACAAGCCACGCGAGCCCCUGCCCACCCUGGACCUGGAGUACCUGGCCAUGGGUAACAACACAAUCAUGCCGCUGUUUGCCGACUGUGUUUCGCCGAGUCCCAGCGAGAGCAGGAUGAUGACCCGCAAGGGAGCACGCACCAAGGAGGAGCCUAUCAUCUCAUUUACAGGUGUGGUGAGGUAUGGUGGAUCACUGGUGGACAUAAGUAAACUGAUGCAGCAGCUUGAAAAGUCAGACAACACUCGCAGCAACACAGAGGAGAAGCUGAAGGAGCUGCAGAAGGAACUAAUGAACAGCAAAGAUGAGUCCAAAAAGGCUUCAGAAAGGAUCAGCAAACUGACCAAGGAGUUGAAGGCCGCCAACACCACCAUAAAGACACUUGACGAGGAGCUCCAGAAAGCCAUCGAGGACAACAACGUAUACCAGCGAGCGCUCAACCAAAUCAAGUUGGUCAUCCGCCCUCUGGUGGCUGGUGUUGACCUAGAGGAAGAUGACCUUAGCAUCAAAGACGGCAAGGUCAAGAUGGAGCACUUGGAAAAUGGAACCUUCGAGUGAGUAUCGCACCGACUGACUGACUCACGGCCGCUGUGCACACACUUGUAUCUCAACGCUCGGACUCUUGGACAAUGUUGCGUCCGAAAGAAACUGCCAGACCUUCAUGGUUCACCAAUUAUUAUGUCAGUGUAAAUACAUGACAGUAAGUUGAUAGGAGAUCCCUUUGGCGAGUAGCUGGCUCACGGUCGCUGUGCACCCGCUUGUAUCUCACCACUUGGACUCCUCGUAUACACAACCACUUUGUAGAAAACUGCCAGAUGACAUUCUUCAGUUACUCCUGUGUUGGUCACUAUGCACACAUUUUUACCUUGUCCUGCAGACACUAAAGCCUGUGCUGUCUGUGUGGAAAAACUGACGGACUUUCAAGGUUCAGUUGUUGUGUCUCGUGUGUAAAUGCUCCAGUGAAGUGAUUUGUGUGGAGGAUGCUCUUGGUGGGAACAAAAGAGAGAGCAGAGCUUGUUGCCUGGACUCUCAAAUAGGCAGCGUCUGUGAGGAAAACUACAAGACUUUUGUGGUUCUGUUAUUCUUGUGUCUGUGAAGUCUCCCCAAUGAAAUGAGUUAUGUUAUGUGGAAGAUGCUUUUGAUGGUGACACAAAACAGAAUGAAAAGGUCAGAGUGAUGAGAGGCUAUAUAAAAUAAAAACUUGGCUUGUCAGGAA